GCGGCGGCAGAGGAGGAGGAGGAGGAGGAAGGGGGAGCUGCGCAGCCCGAGGCGAUGCGCCUGGAGCCCCGGCCCGGCUGCGGCUGCUGCCCGGGGGCGCCCGCGGCCUGAUCCCGAGGGGCCGUGGGGCUCCGCGUCCCCUCGCUCCGCGCGCCGACCCUGCGCCCGGGACUCUCGCGGGCUGCUGCCAACUCGGCGCCUGCCCUUGAGCGCGCCCGGCCGUUUCCUCGCGCGGCCCUCGGGCUCCGCGGCCGGCCCGGCGCCUGCUCGGCGGCCCGCGCGCGUCCAUGCGGAGCUCCCGGCUUCUCCGGACAGACGCGUCGCGGCCUUUUUCUCCUGCUUGAUGAGGACCUGACUCGACGGCGACUGUGACUCAUCUCCGGGGCGGAUUUAACGCCCUCCCACCCCGUCCAUGCCCGUGUGUCACUCGGCUCGGCCCACCUGGCGCGGCCGGUCCUGGGGCUGCUGCUGCUGCCGCUGACGACGGGCCCGCCGCCCCGGCCAGACGCGGCUCCCGGGCUCGCGCCGCCUGCGGAGUAACUUCCCUUGGGGAGAGCACUUCACGAACCCGUCGCCGUCCUUCGGGCUUGCUGCAGUGGCUCGAAGAUCCCGGCUUUGAGUUUGUCGUCUUUUUUUAAAUUUCUUUUUGCGUGGAGCCCUGGGGACAGAUCAGACGGCAAGAUGUCCACGAAUGUCCCGGCGGACAUGAUAAAUUUGCGCCUCAUUUUGGUAAGCGGGAAAACGAAAGAGUUCCUCUUUUCUCCUAAUGAUUCUGCUUCAGACAUAGCAAAACAUGUGUAUGACAACUGGCCAAUGGACUGGGAAGAAGAGCAGGUCAGCAGUCCAAAUAUUCUACGACUUAUUUAUCAAGGACGAUUUCUACAUGGAAAUGUCACAUUAGGAGCAUUAAAACUUCCUUUUGGCAAAACAACAGUGAUGCAUUUGGUGGCCAGAGAGACGUUGCCAGAGCCAAACUCUCAAGGUCAGAGGAAUCGUGAAAAGACUGGAGAAAGCAAUUGUUGUGUAAUCCUGUAAACACUGUCUGCUGUGUCUGCUGACUGUGAUGUGAUGAGUCUUUGUCUUCAUGCUGCUGGGACGGAAGAGACCCCACGUUGCUUCAGAAUCCCUUAGGAACAGCCCGCGUGUGGAUCCACGGGAUGGAAUCCUUACAUGGACACUGUUGUGUUUUCUCAUGAAAGUGAAAUGAACCAAGAACAUUUUUCGCUGUGAUUUUUUAUUUCUGGUAUCUUUGUUUAUGUUGAGCAGUUUAAAAACGUAUUGGUAUUUGAAUGCAGUCAGUCGCCAGGGGAAAUGUUAACCAGUUAUCUUCCAUAGCAGAAACCAUUUUGCUGCCACAAAAUUUUUCAUCACCAGAACUAACAAAUCAGGUGUUCCAGAUACAAUUUGCACUAAAAAAGAUUGACAUCAUUUUCCUCAUCAACAGAAGUUAUAACAGUUUGUGACACAUAGAAGUGCUUAUAUUUAGAGUUCCACACUGGAAGACACUCAGUCAGCAAUUAAUGAAGUUAAUUACUGGGCCAACUUGAGAGGAAAACAUGGGAAAGAAACUAAAACAUUUGGUGAAUCCUACCAGUCAUCCGUGGUAGGUGUACCUGGGACGGAAUACUAAACCGAAGGUGACUCUUUUCACUGCAACAAAUGAAAACACAAAAAACAAAACGUGCCUGUUGUUUAAAGCACUCAGUAGAGGGCUGAGAAACUGAGGUUUUCUUCAACAUGUGCACUCCUCAGUCAGGCAGUAACAGUGCGCGUUCGUACAGCACGGAGUGGGGUGAGAGGGUUUCCUAGCCUUAAUAGGGGAGGGGUAAGUCCACUCAUUCAUAGGCUUUUAUUAUUGUGCAUACAUAUUAGAAAACCUCAUUUACUGAUCCAUUUUAUGUAUUUGAAUAACAGCAAAUUAAAUUUUUCCAAAAUCUUGCUGAUUUCUCACUGUGUCCAGUGUCACGCAUACUCAUUAGAGAAUUCAAAUAAAUCCUUAAAAUUAAAAGAAGAAACUCUCCAUAGUACUAAUUUUGUUUCUUUAUGUAGUUUGCAUUUGGUAUUAGUGCUUGCAAUUGUAUUAAAAUCAAAAGCUGAUUUUUAAGGCACACAUGAUUAAGGGUGCCAUUCUUUCUUUUGUUUUGUACCAAUCAUUUAAAAUUGAUAUGCUAAAAACAACUUGCACAGCACUAAAGCAUGAGUUAGUUUCAUCUAAACCUGUAAAAACAUAAAAGAUUUUAUAUUUUUUCACUGGGAAGAAAUUCUUCCUGGGUGAAAUUACAAAUAUGUGUAGAAUAUAUUUAAUAAAAAACCUAUAAAAUACCUAACUAUAGAACAUAAAUAUAGAUUGGCGUGUAGUAUCUAGAACAAUAUUCCAUAUAAAUAACUUUAGCCUUUAUAAAAAUGAAGCUACAGGCUGACAUUUUGUUCUGUAUUUGAGUGUCCACAGCCCUUGCGAAUAUUCAGUGUAAAUGGUUUCAGAUGGUCAGCUUUGUUUAAGUGUAAUCAGGUUAUUUUAUUCAUUGUUACUGCUUUGAUGAAAAGGCUUUAUAUGCAGUAAGACCUACAAAAAUACUGUUCAUACUGAUCAGAAUUAAAUUUGUAUAGAGCAGAGUUUUAAAACAAAUGUAAAUAGCACUAAACUGUUUCUGCAACCUGUACUUAGUAGAAUCUUUCUGUAAACUAAAUAAAAAAAUAUUGUAGUGCAUUUUUGUGGUAAUUUUAAAGGUCUUGAUUAGGUUGAUAGUUGUUUAAGGACUCAUCCCUGCUAAAUUUGUGUUCUACUUUUAUUUCCUAAUCUUUAAAAAAUUCAUUUAAUUAGUAUUCAACUGUUGGUUUAGGGAAUAUUCCAAUGUCUCAUUUGAUUUUUAACCUGGUUAAUUUGUGCACAGUCACAACAAUGGAUAGAAUUAUGUAGUCUCUGUUAUCACUAAAAUGUUAUAUUCUGGAGAUGUUAAAUAUUCAUAUGCUUUGACUCCCGCUCCAAAAUGAGUUCUUUUAGUGUUUGAAUGAAGAAGAAUCUGGUAGUUACUUAAUUGGGCAAUUAAGCCAAUUAUGGCUUUAUUGUUCUUUUGUAAAACAAACUACUGGUAAUUAUUUUUAAUACUUAUUUUAAUUCUAAUUACUCUUCUGGUUUUCCAAAGUUAAAGACUGUCAGUUAAUUAUGAUUGAGGUUGUAUGAUGGUUUAAAAUAUUCACUAUUGGUUUUCAAGGUAUUUUUCUGUGAGUUCCCACAGUACAUAUUUCCCUUCUCUUUCACAAGACCUCAAUUUAGAGUUUGCUGAAUGGGAUAAACUGGUAUAUUAGGAGAGAAAGAAUUAUGUCAUUUAGUAUCUAAUAUAAUUUAUGCAAGAUUUUAAAAAGGAAUUAAAAAGUAGCAGUAAAAUUAUAUACUGAAAACACCAAAAAUUUAGAUGCCUUAAUAGUGUACAAUUUUAAAAUAGUUCCUUGGACUGCCUGAUGGUUAAAAUGCAAUUGGUCAUAUCCACCGCUACUGCUUAGAAUCCCUCUGCCAAGACUCACGGUUCAGCACCUAGAGGUGAGAGCUGCGUGGGCCCAGUGAUGGAGGGAAAGCCGUCACCCUGUGUGCCCUUGGUGUCCGCUAUCUCUUCUCCCUAAAUUGUCCGAGAUGUCAUUAAGUGUUCUGGACAAGGCAAUGCUUUUCUUCUUUAUUAGAAUCUCACCAUGUCUCCCUAAUUGGAAUUAUUUGCUUUCUUUCCCAGAUAAGUUGUAUCUUAUCUUACCAUUAAAAAGUACAGUAUCUAACGUGGACAUUCAUAUUAAAGGAGGUUUUCUCAUAACAAACCUUUAUUCUUAGUUUUAAUGACGUCACCUUGACCAUUGUUACAGUAUUUCUGUUAGCUGAUUGUGAUAAACAAUGUUGAAUGUGAAAAGAAAUUAAAACUUUCUUCAUCUGUUGUAGAA